AUGUCUAACGAAAACUUUCCUGCAGUAGAUACACCAACUCCAUGUCAUCUCAUUGUGUUAUCACAUGGUUUAUGGGGGACCCAAACACAUUUCUCCUAUGUAGAGGAAAACCUCAUCAACACUUUACAAUUGAAACAUCCCAACAAAACGUUCAGGAGCUACAAGACCAAGUCUAAUGAGAAGUUCAAAACUUAUGACGGUAUUGAUCUAUGUGGAGCUCGUGUUGCUGAGGAAAUCUUUCAAGAAACAGCCAGACUUUUACAAAAGCAAAAUCUUCAAGUAACUCAGCUCUCGUAUAUUGGCUAUUCUCUUGGUGGCCUCAUUGCUAGAUUUGCCAUUGGUGUUUUGGAUUACAAGGGAUUCUUCGAUUCAGUGGAAGCUGUAAAUUUCGUCACCUUUUGCACUCCACACGUUGGUGUAUUAACUCCUGGCACUUCUAUUAGCAUCAAGGCCUUUAAUGGUCUUGUUCCUUAUCUAUUGGGCAACAGUGGUAAACAGAUCUUCUUAAAAGAUUCUGUCAAUAUUGAAAACUCAAAUAACAGAGUCCCCCUAUUGAAGCUGAUGGCUUCUGAGAAUUCCGUCUUCUUUCAGGGCCUAAAGAGAUUUAAGAAUCACGCCUUGUAUUCCAAUAUUAGAUCUGAUAUUAGAACUUCUUGGUGGACUUCGGGCAUCUCAUAUAUAAACCCCUUUGAGAUUUUGGAUAGAAACCCAAAUGUUUCAAUUGAUAACAAUGGUUUCAUUCGUUUCUCUAAUGGCUCUAAGUUCGAACUUUCAUUUUUGGAGAAUUACGAUCCAAUCCUGCUGGAUGUUGAAAAACCAAUUAAAUUCACCGGCUUGAUUGAUUAUGACACAGAGAAAAAUAUAAAGAAGAUCAAAAACCCAACAGUUGAAUUCGUGGAAAACUCCAAUAAAUUCCAUACUUUUUUCAUCAAUAAAUUCAAAUGGAUUGUUAUGUUUUGGAAUUCGUUUAUCUAUUUUCCAAUGUGGGUUUCUUGGUUUAUCCUCUUCAAUAUUUUACAAGUCUUCACUUCUUCCUUUAGGGUAAAUAGAGAAUCUUCAAGACUUAAAGAGCAUAGUUGCGUCUACAGUUUGAUUGAUCAAUUUAGUAACACAAUGUCCAAAGCAGUUCCUAUUCAAUCUGCUUCCACUACUCCCUUGUUGAAACCAACCUUAUCUAGAACAUUAAGCGAAGGUUAUUCCAAUGAAUUGGACAAGCUUGAAAAUGAUUUACAUGAUCAAGGUGACUUUUUCUUGGAUUCUGUUUUUGAUGCGGUCACUUCUUCAAACCAUCCAGAUCAGUCGAUUUUCAACCAACAGGCAGGUGGUGAUAUAACCCUAACUACUUCGAUUAAUAAGAUUUGUUCUAUAGCGAUUGAUCAAAUCGGCGAUUGGGAAACAGAUUAUCGGAAAUUAGGUAAUAGUAAAAAGGAAGCAUUCGAAUAUUAUCAGAUCCUUAAAUCUUUCAAGAUGAACAUGUCACCUAUCCAACAAGAAAUCAUUGGUAAUUUGAACAAGUUGAAUUGGAAAAAAUAUCCAGUUUAUAUAACAAAAACAAACUCAACUCAUGCUGCAGCAAUCGUAAGACAUCAAGAUCCUAAUUUUGAGGAGGGUAAAAUUGUCGUUGAGCAUUUCUGCGAAGAAGCCUUUAAAGUCUAUUGA